AUGAAGUAUUUUGCCCCUGCUAUUGCUGGUCUCACAGCCGGUGCCGGUGUCGCCAAUGCCCUUAGUGUUUCGGGAUUGGUUGCUGGUUUUUCUGGAGCUGUCUCCGAUUUAUGGAACGGUGAGGUCCAACUUCCUUUGGGUGCCAGCUCUGAACAGAGAUUGCUUCAAUUGAGUGAAACUGAGCAGAUUUGGGCCACUGAGGACGAGAUGCUCCAACUUAAGCGCCAAGGCAAGACUUUCUUCGAUGUCACUGACCAUAUCGAAUUUUAUAAUCUUGUCCAAGAAGCUUCUUCUUCUAAUGUGGCACAAAUCAACUCAGUUCUUGGCCAAGCUUCCGAAUCUGGUGCUUCUUCUGAUGUCGCAGUUGCUGCUGCCAAUGCUGCUCUCAGAAUCAAUUCCACUGUUGAGUUUCCUUCUGAGGUCGGUUACCGUAAAGAAGUCAAGAAACUCUCUGAACAAUUGAAUAAAGACAACCUCAAGUCCAAUUUGGUGGAGUUCUCUUCAUUCCACACCCGUUAUGCCAAGAGUGAGCACGGACUCAACAGUUCUUUAUGGUUGUUCGAUCAUGUCAAGGAGAUUGCUGAUAAGUCGGCUUACAAGGCCACUGUUACUUUAUUCGACCAUUCCUGGCUGCAAAAGUCGGUUAUUGCCCGUAUUCCCGGUACUAAGAACCCUGACAAGGUUGUAGUUGUUGGAGCCCACCAAGACUCGAUCAAUCUUUUGUUCCCUUCUUUGUUGGCUGCUCCUGGUGCUGAUGACGAUGGAAGUGGAACUGUUACCAUUCUCGAGGUGUUCCGUGUUUUGACCGAGGCCGGCUUUGAGCCCGAAAACACUUUAGAGUUCCAAUGGUACUCUGCCGAAGAGCUUGGUUUGUGGGGAUCCCAAGACAUUUUCAACAGCUACUCCAAGAAGGAGGUUGAUGUUGUUGCCAUGUUGCAACAGGACAUGACUGGUUACUCUGCCGGAACCACUGCUGAUGGUUCUCCCGACUCUUUGGGUCUGAUCACCGACUUUGUGGAUGAGGGUCUUACCGAUUUCAUCAGGCUUGUUGUUGAGGAGUAUUGCGAUAUCGGCUACGUUGAGACCAAGUGCGGUUACGCCUGUUCUGACCACGCCAGUGCUGCCAAGGUCGGCUACCCCAGCGCCUUCGUCAUCGAGUCGGCCUUCUCGAGCUCCGACCACUACCUUCACACCACCCGCGACACUGUCGACGUGCUCGACUUCGACCACAUGCACCAACAUGCCAAGCUCACCCUGGGUUUCGCCUAUGAACUUGCUAGGGCCGAAUUCUAA